AUGUCUGACAACAAUUGCUGCUGUGACAACUCUAGCUCUCCUUCACUCAGGAAUUCCUGCCAUCUUCCUGUCACUUCACCCAAUGCUCUCCACUCCACAGAGGUGAGUUGUGAUGAUGCUCCCUGCCCUUCCAGUAGCAGCCUGGGAAGCCAUGUGGCCCAUGACAACAGCCAUGAACUUUCUGGUGAACGCAGGAGCUUCCAGUCUAACACCUGUGAAAGAAAUGCCUGUAGCCCUUCCAGCUGUUCUCCAACUGUUUCUGGCGUGUCUGGAGUCCAUCAAGGAACUAGCUGUCUUCCUCCCACAUCUCAAAGUUCCAGUUGCCGUUCUCCAGUAUCCUCUAGACAACUUGUGAGGUACCACCUGCCAACUUACCAGUCCUGUGGCUAUCAACCGCAGGGCUACCUGGUGUAUAGCCGCCAACCACUGAGCUACCUGACCUGUGGUAAUCAACCAUUGAGCUAUCUGCGCUAUGAUCGUCAACCACUGAGGUACCAGUCCAAUGGCUGCCAGCCAUUCUCCUGCAUGUCUGAUUAUUACAGACCCACAAAUUAUACAUACAGCAAUUUUCAGCGAUACUCCCCCUCAGGCAACUGGUAG